CCGGUUACCAUCGCCGCUGUCUGUCGCAGCUUGUGUGUUCCGUGUCUACUCGGUUCGUCACCGUUCUCCAACGACGUCCUGGCGUCGAGGAUGAGGCUGGCGCGACGUACAGGGAGUACCUAGCCUCAGCUGCAUUUAGGUUCAGCCAACUUUGGCAGGAAGGAACGGAUAAAGGGACAGGAAGAGGAGGACCAUGCGCUGGCUCGACAGCUACUGCGUCCUGGGCUGCGUCGCCUUCCUUUUGUCGCUCGUUGAGAGCGUGCGGGAUACUGGAGGCGGCGGAGGGGAGCACGGGGGCGGCAAGGUGUCGAAGAGAGCGAAGCCCCUGAACCCCGACGAGGAGGACCACGACAACGACGACUACUACUACGAGGACGUGGAUGAAAGAAACAAUCCGACCAACGAGGCACCAGCCGUGCCGCCUGGAUUCCUCAGUCCCUCUGUGAGGGAGUACCUCGAUCUCGGUAAAUCGAUACCCGGUCGUCCAGGGACGGACUACCCAGUGUUGGGCAAGGUGCCUUACACGAACUUCUACUGCGACGACCAGCCCUACCCAGGGUUCUUCGCCGACGUGGAGACGAGAUGCCAGGCCUGGCACUACUGCGACAUAGACGGCCGACAAGCGACGUUCCUGUGCCCGAACGGGACUCAGUUCAGUCAGGCGGUGUUCGUCUGCGACUGGUGGUUCAACGUGAGGUGCGAGCUCAGCCCUAAGCUCUACGCCAUCAACAGCAGGCUUUACGUCCGGCCUACGGAGAGUCCAACGAGACCUCACCGCCUCAUCACUAAGGAGUUGCUCGAGAAUAUCUUCGUAAGACGGAAAUGAGAAUUGACGAAACACCGAGCAGUCGAGCUCGAGUUCAUACAAACUGGAUAAACGCAGGACGACGUUUUCCUUUUCCUGUCGACGGAUGGACGGUCUGUUCAGUUGGAUAGACAGGGAGACAUUCGUCUUGAAGGGAUUUAUCUGGUUAAUAAAAGAAGGGAACUCGAAGGGUUCGAGCAUUGACGAACCGUAAGUGGAAUGUCCACGUUUUGGAAGAAUGGAAGCGGAGAUUCGAUGACCACCACUGCUCUGAAGACAUCAGUCUACAAUCGUUUUUCCCUUCGAGGGUGGGUUGACGUGGGAAGCGUGACUGCGCCCUCGGCGCGGUUCUUAAUCGUUGAUGAGAUCGCAUUCGGGACCGAAGGAGACGCCAGGUUUCUCCUCCCUUCUCUGGUCGUCUCGUGAAAAUAAAGAGUCGAUCUUUACGGGGUAGUCGAGCUC